AUGAGUGUCCACGAGUUGUCUAAUGAUUUCAAUGUGAUGGCAAUCGAAAGAAGUUUGAAGCAUCAGGAUAGUGGGUCGACGGAAGGAUAUGGACAUCACGAGAGAGGGCAUCUCACCAGAAAAUCUUCCACGUCUUCAAACUGCUCCUCUGGUCUUGAUAAGCGACGCAAUUUUUAUCGCAAAGAUUCAGAGGUCAAAAUCGAGGCGAUUUUCAAAGAACUAUUCUCUCCAGAUGCCAAAAUUAUUGACCAUUACGAAGGGGACAUGCUAAUGAUCCCUGGAAUCGAAAUAGACGAUAAUGAAGAAAUCGAGCUGGCAGUUCCGAACCAUGACAGAUUCAAACUUCGACGACAGACUUCUCUAGUUCCAAAGAACAUUGAGCCCAAGAAAAAUGCAUCUCCACAACCGCGACUGCGUGUAAUUACUCGAAAAUCGCCAUCACCAAUGCGAAAGUUGUCAACUCCAACUCAACGAAAACGGUCGGCUCCCUCAAGGGCUCCACUUCCAAAGUUGAGUGCUCUGCCAAGUUUAAAGCCAAACUUUGUGACAGUCGCCGAUGAGUCUACCUCGGGAUCAUAUCUUCGUAAAAAUCCUAUUCCUCUCCGUCGUGGACUCUCAAUCUCUCAAAAAUGA